AUGCAGUUCCUGAGCAUCACUUCUCUCUUCGCUCUCGCGACUCUUGCGUCGGCAAAGCUUCACAGCCAAGCUGUCUGCGUCACCAACCGCCGCUACGACCCCAUCGGAGGAACGCCAUGGAGCCCCAGCUACAACUGGAAGGUGAACUAUGAGAUUCUUCCUGGCGCUACCAAGUGUGCCUGCGACUACUACAAAAGCCGUAAUACUGGCAGCAAACAGUGGGACAAGUGCCCUGACUGUCGCUUUGAUGGUCUUGCGUGUGGAUCUAACGGCUGGCAUAUUGGCGGUGACGAGUUUACCUACUACUGUGAGAAGAAGUGUGGAGCGCAGGGAGCAGAGGCAAACUAG